AUGAGCGCUUCGAGGAGUCUGGCUGACCAGGCCGUCGUUCAUGCAUACCGUCACCUCUACCGACAGGGGCUGAGAACCAUCAGGUAUGCGACUCCCGGUCGCCAUGUCCUGCUUACGACCUUGCGGACCUCCUUUCGCACCGCUCCGCGCGACGAGUUUGACCCGUCGAGAAUCGCCAACACCCUUCGCUUCCUCGAGCGUGCCGCGGAUGCUACAGGCUUCGAACACAAAAUUGUCAAGAACCUAUUGUUCGCUAGGUACUGGGAACUGCCCGUCAUUGCUAAAGAGUCGCGCAUGCUACGGGCCCUGGGACUUGGCAGACUAGAGACCCAAUUUCGUAAAAGCGCCUACGGCCAUUAUAAUUCGACUCUCGAGCGUCUCAACGAGAGUCUAGGGACGUGUCUGAAGUGA